UGCGCUUUAACGCACGCAUGCGAAGACAGUUUGUUGUAAUCAGUGGCGCGUGUGUAGUCUUGUUAUGUGAGCAUGUCAUCCUGCUGCCAUCCAGCUCUCCUGUGCCGCUCUCUGCCCUUCUCUGACUGUACAAUAACAACACAGCAACAUGUGAUCCGCGCAUGCGCAGACCUGCGCUCGGAUCAGCAAACAGGACAGGUGGCGGUAUGCAGCUUUAACGACGGACUUUCUGUAACCCGCCAAAAAACAAAAAAAGGAGAACAAGACGAACAGUUUCGCGGGAAUACAUGUGGGGUUGUGUUUGAAUUUGAGUUGAACCUAAAGCAGAAGAAAAUGUCCAGCGCCGCAGUGGAACUGACUAAUGGCCAUUGCGCGGACGCAGAAAACAAGAGAGAAAACAAAAAACACUUUUCUCAGUUCUGUGAUGAACGCGGUUAUUUGGACCUGGUCGAGUUCAUUCUGCAGGACGGAGUCCGGAAAGGAGACCGAACCGGGACGGGGGUGAUCUCUGUGUUCGGGACGCAGGCGAGGUACAGCCUCAGAGAUCAGUUUCCUUUGCUGACGACCAAAAGGGUUUUCUGGAAAGGCAUUUUGGAGGAGCUGCUGUGGUUUAUCAAGGGUUCAACCAAUGCCAAAGAGCUGUCGGAGAAGGGUGUGAGAAUCUGGGAUGCUAACGGCUCCAGGGAGUUUCUGGAUAAGAACGGCUUCAGCGAUCGCGAGGAAGGAGAUCUGGGUCCCGUGUAUGGCUUUCAGUGGAGGCACUUUGGAGCGGAGUACAAAGACAUGCACACUGGUAACUACCUGCCUGUGAUGGCGUUGCCCCCGUGCCAUGCGUUGUGUCAGUUUUACGUGUCAGACGGUGAGUUGUCGUGUCAGCUGUACCAGCGCUCUGGUGAUAUCGGUCUGGGUGUGCCUUUCAACAUCGCCAGCUACGCACUGCUGACCUACAUGAUUGCCCACAUCACUGGACUCAAGAUUCGGCGAGAGCCGCGUCCGUUCCCCAAACUCAAGAUCAAACGCAAAGUUGAACGAAUUGAUGAUUUCCAGGCAGAGGAUUUUGAGAUCUAUGACUAUGACCCCCAUCCUGCAAUCAAAAUGCAAAUGGCUGUUUAG